GACUGAGUAAAUGCUGCAGCAUCACUGCAUGUAUGUGUGUGAGAGCGUGUGUGUCGCUGAGCAGCACGGAGCGAAAGAGAUGGACAAGUGUGUGUAAGCAGAGUGUGUGAAUGCAAAGCACCGGCGAUCCUGAGCCUGGAGGGGUAGCCGUGUGAUGAGAGAGGAGGAAGGGGCGGGGGGUAGGGGCUGUUCUGCCUGCGAACACAUUUGCCAGGACAGCGUUACAUGCAGGCGAGCGUAUGUAUGUGUGUGUGAGGGAGAAAAGUGAGUGAGGGUAUGCCAGCGUAGGUGUAGCGGUGUCGUCGAUCAGCAGCGGGCUCUUCGCAUUAUGCAGCCGACGGUACUGAUCACACUUUGAGGACUGACUCAUCCAGACUAGACUGAGAAGACGAAUGGAUGAACAUACAGGGAGACAUUUUUUAGCUCAAAAAAUGCUCCAGGUCCUCCAAGAUUGUUCAAAGGUCUAGUCCUUUUCGGGGAUUGCUGGUAGCCCCUCUUGUUUCCUUACAAAUUGGAAUUGCAGGCACACAGACAGACAUUCAAAAUUUCCAGAACCUCCUGAAAGGAACAUAAAUCCUCAAUCAUUGUCUGACUCAGACACUUCAUAUUUGCUCCAGGGACUAGGACAAGAGGAUCUCCUGUCUUUCCAUAGUCUUGAGGACGGUUGCAGGAUCCUUUCCCAGUGCCGGGAGUGGGAGAUAAGAAGGCUGGCAGACAAGACGGGAGAGACACAGGCAUGGCUCGCCUCAACUGGUGCCUGGCUGCUGUCAUUAGCUGGGGCAAGUUCCUCUUUGCCUGUUUCUUUCCUCUGCGAGGAGCCAAGCGAAACAAGCCCGACGAGCUGGAGGGCGUCCACACACACACCUUCAAGCUGAAGCCGUUCAAGAAGGCAAAGAGUUGUGAUAUUUGCAAGCAGGCUAUCACCAAGGAGGGUCUCAUCUGUAAAGCAUGCCGCCUGUCCUGCCAUAAGAAAUGUGAAGUGAAGGUCACUACAUCAUGUCAGACAGCGACCAGCUGUGAGCCGCCUCCCACUCCACAGCUGCCGCUAAAGCAUGUAGAUACUCCGGGAUCUACGAGGUCCUGCAAAAGUGUGGAGAUUCGGAGAAAGCAGUCAGGCGUGCUUCAGGCCAUGGAGGAGAGCUAUGAGGUGGACCUGGUCUACAUCACUGAGAGGAUCAUCUCCCUCUCCUUCCCCGCCGCGGCCGAUGAGCGCAGCUACACCAACAACCUCAAAGAGGUGGCCACCAUGCUGCAGUCCAAGCACGGCGAACACUACCUGGUGCUCAACUUGAGCGAGCAGCGGAACGACUUAACCAAGUUAAACCACAAGGUUCUGGAGUUCGGCUGGCCAGAUCAUCAUGCUCCGGCACUGGACAAGAUCUGCAGCAUGUGCAAAGCCAUGGACACGUGGCUGAGCGGAGACCAGCGCAACGUCGUGCUGCUGCACAACAAGGGGAAUCGAGGUCGAACAGGCGUAGUAGUGGCUGCGUAUAUGCACUACAGCAACAUAUCUGCAAGUGCUGACCAGGCGCUCGACCGGUUCGCCAUGAGGCGAUUCUACGAGGACAAAGCUCUUCCUGGCGGUCAGCCGUCACAGAGAAGGUAUGUGCAGUACUUCAACGGCCUCCUGUCUGGACACAUCAAGAUCAACAACAAGCCGCUCUUCCUGCAUCAUGUCAUCAUGCACGGCAUACCCAACUUUGAAUCCAAAGGCGGAUGCCGGCCGUUCCUGAAGAUCUACCAGGCGAUGCAGCCGGUCUACACAUCCGGAAUCUACAAUGUGCAGGGAGACAGCAACACCAGUAUCUGCAUCACCAUAGAACCUGGGCUGCUUCUGAAAGGAGACAUCCUGCUGAAGUGUUACCAUAAGAGGUACAGGAACCCAACCAGAGACGUGGUGUUCAGGGUCCAGUUCCACACCUGUGCCAUCCACGACCUUGGGGUCGUUUUUGGGAAGGCGGAGCUUGAUGAGACCUUCAAAGAUGAAAGGUUCCCAGAGUACGGGAAGGUGGAGUUUGUUUUCUCCUACGGACCAGAAAAAAUCAGAGGUUUGGACCACUUGGAGAAUGGGCCAAGUGUUUCUGUGGACUACAACACCCAGGACCCCCUGAUCCGCUGGGACUCAUAUGAGAGCUUCUGCCAUCCCAGUGAGGACGCAGUGGACACAGAGAACGACGUUGGUCAUACUCAAGGUCCGCUUGAUGGAAGUCUUUAUGCCCGGGUCCGAAAGAAAGACUCCCUGGAGGGAGUUGUUUCCAUUAAUGGCCUUCCAGUCCGUGAAAACCCCUUGACAAAUACAGAGGGCUCAUUGCAGCAAUCUAACCAUCACCUCCAAAAGACUGAGCAGUCCCUUCCAGUGGCAGGUCACACCUCCCUUCCUGCCGUAGAUCAUACCCUUUCUGUGAGCAGUGACUCAGGCAACUCUACUGCAUCAAUCAAGACUGAUCGCACUGACGAGCACAGCCAUUCCCUGCACACAGCUGCAGGUCACAGCAACUCAACAACAGCCCACCCAACACUUAGCCCCCAGGAGAAACGAGAACUAGACCAGCUUCUUAGUGGCCUUGAGCCACCAACUCAGCGCCAGGCUUACUUGUCCACAUCUACAAGUCCAGGAGGAGGGGUUCGACACCUGGUUCCAGCGCAGGUGCAUGUCAACGGGGGCCAUACCAGGAUUCUUAGGGCACCCUCAACAGAGGAGCGUGAAACUGAUAUCCUUGAUGACGAGCUUCCUAAUAGUCAAGAGGGCAACAGCGUUGAUAGCUUGGGUACACUCUCAUCUUUAGAGGGUCAGGCAACACCAGCGAGCCUCUACUACCAAUCACAGACACCUGUUGGUGGCCAGAACGACGGCCCAUACCUUGAGAGAAACGUUCUUGGGGAAAAGCUGAACGAAAUGCCUGUGCAUGGAGUCCAAACUCCUACAGCAAUGCAGGAGAGGUCUGUAGAUUCACCAUCACUGCAGGUGGGUUAUAACAACUACCAAAAUGGAGGAGGAAUGUACCGUUCACAGUCCUUUGGAAAUCAGCCACCCAGUAGCCCUGAGACCAACCCUAAAAUGAUGCCCAAAGCCCCUGAGAGGAGUACCAGUAGUCGAGAGGCAGUUCAAAGAGGUCUUAACCACUGGCACCAGCAUAGUCUUCCAGAUGAUCCCUUUGGGCCUCCUCCUCAGUCAACCCACAGCCUCCCUCAUUUCCCAACUUCUGCCUCACAGCGAGACAUUGAACAGUCCAUAGAAGCACUAAACAUGCUAAUGCUUGAUCUAGAUCCAAUCAACUCACACAUGUGUAAGUCCCACAGUGCACCACCUGGAGAUAACACCCUCAGUUCAUCCCAGAUACCAUUCUCCCAGACCCUGGCUAGGCCAUCCUACCAAGGGGACUCUGCCAUCCAUGGCUACAACAACCCAGGGUCAAUGAACAGCACCUAUCAUCAGCGGCAACCUGGGAGGGUCCCAGCAGUGCCAAACCAGAGUCCCGUCACGGAGUCUCCAACGUACUCACCCCAAAGGUCCAACACUGGUUACCCAUACCAGAACACCACCCCAACACACACUCCUGAGCCCUACCUCCAUACACGCCAAGCAGCCCAUCAUUGUCCCAUUGAUACUUCUGCUAAUGUCAACCAGCAGUCUCCCCAGAAAUUAAUAAACUCAACAAGCAGAGUUUCACACUCCCCAGACCUACAGGGGCCAUCUCCUUACCCAGGACACAGCACCUCUUCUUCUCCUCUUCCUGCGCUCACCCCCCAACCCAAGGAAAUGUCUUCUUCUCCCUUGCCAAGAGAGCAAGAUGCAGAGGAGGAGACUCUGAACUUGGAAGGCCUGGUUGCUCACCGUAUCGCUGAGUACAACGCUCGUAUUCGGGGCAUCAGUGAAAGCAUGACAUCCCAACAAUCUGACCGCCAUCGCUCCUAUUCCUUCUCUGGAGUUCGUUCCAGAGGAAUGACCCCAGAGGUGACGCAGGAGACAGGCAGACGCCGGACCACAAGCGAGGGCCACUACCAGUGCGGUCAUGAUAACGUCUCUGCGUCUCAUUCGCCGGACUUUGCCAACAAUCUGGCUCUGAAUCCAGGUGGAAGACCCAGAGAGGGUCUUAUGCACAGUUACCGGGAAGCAUUUGAAGAUGAUGAGACUUGUCGCCAUGGCAAUAGUUCCUCUUUUGAAAGCAGUGCUCGAUCUACUCCAGGUUUGACAAAGACACCUCUGUCUGCUCUGGGACUAAAACCUCAUCAACAAGGUGGAUCAGACUCUGAUUGUAAUAAUGCACAGCAAGAUAAUCGCAGCGCUGGGGACAUGAGACCACAACCAUUCACCGCUCCUCUGUCCUUCAGCAGUCCUAUCCACACCACUGACGGAAGGAGGACUGGUUCUUCAGACAGCGCCCCCCGCAGUCCCGCCUCCCCAUACACCAACAGACCUGCGUCCCCUGAGGGCUCCCAGGUCAACAUCAUGGGUGUCCACACAGUCCCCGGCAGUCCGAACACCCUCCACCGCACAGUGGCCACCAACACGCCUCCCAGCCCCGCCCUUCAAAGACGCCUAGGUCAAGCAAGCCCCUCCCUGACUAGACACCAGCCCCCAUCCAGCCCUCUGAUAGGUCGAAACCCUAAAACUGCAAGCACCGCCAUCCCCCCAAGUCCACUAAUGGGGCGGCGUGCGGGGUCGAGCGGCUGCAACACACCCGAUGAGCUGGGGGCUGCCUCUCGUCAGGGGAGCGCCCAACCGCCUCCCACCCCCGCCUUUCCCGUCUCCCCACAGCUUCCAGAGAAGAGACACAUGUCCAGUGGAGACGCAGAGAGGACAGACAACAGGAACCUGACGCCAGCCAGCGGUGGCAGCACGCCAAACCUUUCCGGCACACAUACCCUCCCAGACGUCUCCAAGUCCAUCUAUGAUGGUUAUCCAGACAUUAAGAUGAAUGUUAAGUUUGUCCAGGACACUUCUAGGUUCUGGUACAAGCCAGAUAUCUCCAGAGAACAAGCCAUUAGUCUGUUAAAGGACAGGGAGCCAGGGGCGUUCAUCAUACGGGAUAGCCACUCUUUUCGUGGAGCCUACGGUCUGGCCAUGAAGGUGGCCUGUCCCCCACCAACUGUCCAGCAAAACAAAAAAGUUGCCGACAUGACCAAUGAGCUGGUGAGGCACUUCCUGAUUGAGACCAGCCCCAAAGGCGUUCGCCUGAAAGGUUGCCCCAAUGAACCCUAUUUUGGAUGUCUCUCUGCUCUGGUGUACCAACAUGCAAUGACUCCUCUGGCUCUGCCCUGCAAGCUGAUGAUCCCCACCAAAGAUCCAAAUGAAGAGGCGCUGGAACUUGCUACACCUACUGAUCAAGUUGUUGAGCUUCUCAAACAGGGAGCAGUUCAGAAGGUUCCUGAGGAAGCCUAUGCAUGUAACGUUCUCUUCAUCAACUCUGUGGACAUGGAGUCACUCACGGGGCCUCAGGCCAUUGCCAAGGCCAUUAGUCAGACACUGACAACCAAUCCACUCCCAGCGGCCACCACUGUCCACUUCAAGGUGUCCAUGCAGGGUAUCACCCUCACUGACAGCCAGAGAAAAAUUUUCUUCCGGCGACAUUAUCCCCUUAACACAGUUACCUACUGUGAUUUGGACCCCCAAGACAGAAAAUGGAUAAAAGACGGAGGUGGAUCAGUAAAGCUUUUUGGGUUCGUUGCAAGGAAACAAGGAAGCACAACGGACAAUGUCAGCCACCUGUUUGCUGAACUGGACCCAGAUCAGCCCGCCUCGGCCAUCGUCAGCUUUGUCUCCAAGAUGAUGAAGCGGUGAAACCCUGAAACUUCAAAUGGCAGUGGUCGGGUUGCAAUCUUCCAUCAUCGUUGGCGUCUUUUUUAAAAGGAUGCAACGUUGUCCUUUUCUUUUUUUGUUUGUUUUCUUUGUUCUCGCCUUCUUUUUUUUCCUUCUCUGCCUUGCUGGUGUGUCUUUCUUGAGAGCCGUCUCCACCCGGAGGCAUCGGCAUUGGCACAGAGCGGAGCUAGCGGACGUGUGGAGUGGAGCAGAGCACGUGACAGGAACGCAACAUGGCAAAGUUGAGUGACGGGAACAUGUAAGAACUUGUGGAUUUUUUUUUUUCCGUUCAUUUUAUUGAUUUACCAAAGGUAGUUGCAAUACAAGUGCAAGAAUGAUGUAGCUAGUAAGCCAUUAAUAGUUUUCUCUUUUUAAAAGAUGAAGUGAAACAAAAGAAAAACAAAACAAGAUGAAAGAAAUGUUGUUUCUCUUGAACUUUGAUUCUUCAGGAAAAAAAAGGUGGAAAAAAAAACUUUCUGAAGACGUUAUGCAUGUUAGCUUGAUCUUUAAGCUCGGUUCUUCUACUUUCCACAAAAAGUAAAUGUGAACUACUUAGAGGUCAUUUUAUGGGUCUGCUGUGUGUUGGAAAGGGCUUUGCAGUGAAAUAACUGAUCUAAACUGUGCAUAGCAGACCUCAUCUACUAAAAACAAAACAAAAAAAAAAACCUUGAGGGUCAUUUUGUGUCGGUGCAAACCAUGCUCGCAUUCUUUCAGCAUCCAAUCCUUUAAAAAAAAAAAAAAAAAAAAAAAAAAAGAAUUGCUGGAUAAACUCCAGCCUGAAAUCAUCAAAUCGCCUAAAGAUGUGCAGACAGUCUGUCCACAAGAUGGCGCCACUUAUCCUUCCUUAGAGACUUCUUCCAUCAGCACCUGCUUUGCAGAAACUGAUCUGUUUGUAAGACGCUGCCACAGAAACACACUGGAAACCACCGGGAACCGGCCCAAUGACCUGGACCUAUGCACUGUUCUUUAUGCAUGUUAUUGUCCCAAAAUGCACCUCCAUCAAAGCUCCGUUUACCAUCUCUGAGAACAUUCUUUGCCAUGUGUGUACAAUAAAAAAAGAUAAAGAAUUAUCUACCUUUAGACAAGAGUUAAACUUGUCCAAAACUGCAUGAAAUAGAAAUUUUUUAGUCAUUUCAGAGUUCUGAAAAAUUGACAGAUUACUGAAGUAGCUAUUAUGAUGGCAAGUUUAUAUAUUUAUUUUUUAUUUAAUUUUUUGUCCUGUUCUGUUCCAUUUGUGUCAAAACUCCAGUUAUUUAUUCCCUGUUGUUAUUGGUCCAUUUAAGCCCUAAGUUCUGAUUUUUUUUUCUUUCACACAGUCCUCCCACGUUUAACUAUUCAGGACCUUUUGAGACAAAGGGAAAGAAACAUUUUUAAAAAAAUUAUAAAUUUUUGUCUGCUGAGAACAGAACUAGCCUGAACUGUAUAUGGACCCAGUACGGUUUUGGGUUUCUUUUUUUUACUUCACACUGCAAAAUUUGACAUUUUAGUACCUUAUAGAACAAAACAAACAAAAAUACUAAAUUAAAUUAUUCAUUUUCUUUUCUUUCUUAGUAGUUAUGUCUUUCUGAAGAUCAGGAAAUUCAACUUUUGCUCCUUUCAUAAAUAUUAAUGUCAUGUUUCACAUUUCAAGCAAAAAGGAUGCUGACAAAAAAGACAAAAAGUUAAGCAAAUAUUCAGAUUUUCUCCAGUUGUUUUCUUUUUCCAGGAGUUAUGGGUGUUUCAAAAAGUCUUACCCUCACACUUUUUUGAAUGAAAAAGAAAAACUACACACAGAGUGCAUGAUGAACAUAUGCUUAGACUUUCACAGUACCGUAUUCAUAUGAUAACAU